AAGAAGAAAAAGACAAGAGUUCAGUUCAGUGGUGUGGGCUGGAGGAGGCGAGAUUUAAAAAGCUGCUGUCUGGAUGUGUUGUUCUGUUUUUGAGGAGCUUUAAAUGAUUUAACCUACUGGAUUUGUCUGCGUCUUUUUUAAAAAGUCAGAAUUUUUGUUCACGUAGGAUCUGAACUGACCUCUCGAAUUGGGACAACAUUUAGUUUAACGUUAUUUUUUUAAAUAUAUAAAUAUUUUUUUCAGGUAGGUUAGUUUAAGUUUAGUGCAGAGGUUUAGUCUGGACGUUUAGGCCUUAAUACUAGCUUAGUGAAUGUAAACUGGAUCUGUACUUUUUGUUUGUUUGAGAAAUGAGUGUAGCUUAACAAAACAAUCACACACACUCACACACACACAUAUAUAUAUAUAUAAACACAACAAAAAGCUUUAAAAACGUUUUAGAAAAUAAUCAACCCAAAAAAAUCAAAAUGUCCAAAGAAAACAGCGACCCUCUCCGCGGCAUUGAGUUCAUCAAAGAUCAGCUCUAUUUUGCUGUCCUCAAGCAGAAGAUCCGGAGCACACACGAGAGGCACUGCUUCUGUAUAGAUGAAGAGCUCUCGUAUGAAAACUUUUACGCGGACUUUGGCCCACUCAACCUGGCGAUGUUUUAUCGCUUCUGUUGCAAGCUCAACAAAAAGUUGAAGACUUUUUCCCUUGCCAAAAAGAAAAUUGUCUUCUUCACGUGUGGUGACAAAAAGAAACAAGCAAAUGCUGCUUAUUUAAUAGGAUCGUAUGCGGUAAUGCAUCUCCAGAAAACACCAGAGGAAGCUUAUAGCCUGCUAAUGUCCAGAAACACCCAUUAUAUUCCUUUCCGAGAUGCAUCGUUUGGAACUUCCAUGUACCAUCUGAACAUCCUUGAUUGUUUACGUGCUGUACACAAGGCUCUGCAUUUUGGAUGGCUUGAUUUCUCCAACUUUGACGUGGGGGAAUAUGAGCAUUAUGAGAGAGCAGAAAAUGGAGAUUUCAACUGGAUCAUUCCUGGGAAGUUCUUGGCCUUUAGUGGUCCACACCCAAAGAGCAAAAUUGAGAACGGUUACCCACUCCACGCUCCUGAGGCAUACUUUCCAUACUUCAGGAAGCACAAUGUAACCACCAUCAUACGUCUCAACAAAAAAAUGUACGAUGCCAAACGCUUCACAGAUGUGGGGUUUGACCACCAUGACUUGUUCUUUGUUGAUGGGAGCACACCUAACGAUGCCAUCGUUACCAAGUUCUUGAACAUCUGUGAGAAUGUUGAUGGUGCCAUAGCCGUCCACUGUAAAGCCGGUCUGGGACGCACUGGAACGCUGAUCGCCUGCUACAUGAUGAAACACUUCAGACUGACUGCAGCUGAGGCCAUUGGCUGGAUCAGGAUCUGCAGACCGGGUUCUGUGAUUGGUCCACAGCAGAACUUCAUUGAAGAUAAGCAGUCCAGCCUGUGGGCAGAAGGUGAUCUACAUCGUCAGAAACUAAAUGAGCUGGAAAAUGGUUGUAGCAAAACAGCAGUGACAGGAAUACUGUCAGGAGUAGAUGACAUCUCUAUCAAUGGGACAAACAAGAACAUUUCACCCAGGAAGACCAACAUGUAUGAUGACGUUGAUGAGGAGGAGGAGGAGCAGCAGCACAGUGGCCUCACACAAGGUGACAAACUGAGGGCACUGAAGAGUAAAAGACAAUCAAGAGCAUCCACAGGGUCUUUAUCGUUAGAGGAGAAUAAAAUUCACACCAGGUCUACAUCAAACUCUUUAAGAAUUAUUCUACAAUCCAGUGCACAACGCUGUAAAUCUGCAAAAUCUCAAAAUCCUUCAGAUAAUGUGGAUGUUCGGAAAAGAACCAGAACCUCACUUGGAUCCAACAGAGCUAACAGCCCAUUAUUACAUUCCAGACUGGCAAGGUCUUUAGGCAGCUUGCAUGUAAUGACCAGUGAAAAGAACCGCGAGUUCUCUGAAGUCAGUCCAGACCUUCUGGCUGCAGAUAGCCUGAGCAACCAGACACAUUUAAAGUGCACAAGCCCUUUCAGCAGUGAGCAGCUUCCAUUUCCUCCUCAACACAGCAGUCUCCUCAACUUAAAGAGCAGUGUCCAGGAGAAGGAAAACUCUACACUCUUUGCAAUCAAUGCGCUUUACAAGACUAUGCCAUGCCAUCCCUAAAGCUAGAGCACCUCUACUCCGCUAAACUGUUUUUGAAGAUUCAAGAUACAGAAAGUAACAUCUUCAUAAAGUCUACAGGAGUUUGCUUAUGGACUAAACCUGCCCGUGUCUGCAAAACAGAACCAUAUGGGAUGAGAACGGAUACAUUAGGAAAGAAGUACUAAUUUGGAAACAAAGGGAGCUUUGACAUGCUAACAUUUUAUGUGAAGUAAAAUCUUUUAUUUCAGUGUUCAUAGCGAGAGAUUUCAAUGUAUCCUAACAAGCGUUCAGUAACUUUCUAUUUCUAUUAUAUACCACUCUGUGGCCGACUAAACGGUGUAAACAAAUGUGAAACUUUUUUUUUUGUCUUUCUUUUCAAGUUUACCUGUAUUUGGCAGCUGAAGGCUGUAUAUACGCAACUGUUUGAUACGUGUAAAAGAGCUGUUGUAAAUUUUUACCUGUAAAUAGUUUAUAACCUUUUAUUUCAAAGAGUUUGUCCAUGUCUUACAAUGCUUUUUAUUUCCUUAGCACAUUUAUAUAUAUUAUGUACUAACCUUGAAAAGGAUCUGAAUCAUCACAUGCUUUUAAAAGUAAAUCCUUUGU